GACUGGAAGAUGAUGCGACGAGAUGCUCCCCACCGCGGGUGACUGUCCAGUCUUUCCUUCACAAUGUGUCGUUUUAUAAAAGCUGUCUUUCUUCUGCUGUGCGCAAGCAUGUGCGGUCUGUGCGGGAAGAUGAAGCACAGCCUCAGGAAAACAUCUGUACAGCUGCACAAACACGGGACUCCACUUUUUAAGAAGAUGCUGGAUGAAACGAAGACGCAUCAGGUGAAGUCGGACCAUCUGCUGCGUGUUGAUAAUCAUGACUUCACUAUGAGACCAGCAUUUGCGGGUCCAGCAGUACCAGUAGGUGUGGAUGUACAGGUAGAAAGUUUGGACAGUAUCUCAGAAGUAGAUAUGGACUUCACCAUGACCCUGUACCUCAGACACUACUGGAAGGAUGAGCGAUUGUCUUUUCCCAGUAAAACCAAUAAAAGCAUGACUUUCGAUGGUCGACUUGUGAAAAAAAUCUGGGUUCCUGAUGUGUUCUUUGUCCAUUCCAAACGAUCCUUCAUCCAUGAUACCACCACGGAGAACAUCAUGAUUAGGGUAUAUCCAGAUGGACAUGUGCUCUACAGCCUCAGGGUGACUGUAACUUCAGCAUGUAAUAUGGACUUCAGUCGGUUUCCACUUGACACGCAGACCUGCACGUUAGAGCUGGAGAGCUAUGCUUACACUGAUGAAGAUCUGAUGCUCUACUGGAAGAGUGGAGAUGAAUCACUAAGCACGGAUGACAAGAUCUCGCUGUCUCAGUUCCUCAUUCAGAAGUUUCACACCACCUCCAGACUGGCCUUCUACAGCAGCACAGGUUGGUACAAUCGUCUUUACAUCAACUUCACUCUGCGUCGUCAUAUCUUCUUCUUCCUGCUUCAGACGUACUUUCCCGCCACUCUGAUGGUCAUGCUGUCAUGGGUGUCCUUCUGGAUCGACCGUCGAGCUGUUCCUGCACGAGUCUCAUUAGGCAUCACGACGGUGCUCACCAUGUCCACCAUCAUCACUGGAGUGAACGCCUCCAUGCCCAGAGUCUCCUACAUUAAAGCUGUGGACAUUUAUCUGUGGGUCAGCUUCGUCUUUGUCUUUUUAUCAGUACUUGAGUAUGCUGCUGUAAACUAUCUGACCACAGUGCAUGACGGGACAGACCGCAAGUCAAGGGAGAAGCGUUUGCCCUGUACAUGUGACAUAUCCCACGCAAGGACUAUGAUGCUGGAUGAAGCGUACAGUAAGCCUGAUAGCAAUGGUCUGGCAGGAUAUACGCAGGCUCCUGUCUCCUCUGAGGAGGCUGCAGAUAAACAGGACCACAUGGUGGUGUGCCUGUCUUUGGCAAAUGAGGCCACCGGAGUCAAGAAGAAGACCCUCCGAGGCUUCCGUAUUAUCCAAAACACUCAUGUCAUUGAUGCCUACUCUCGCAUGAUCUUCCCAGGGGCCUUUAUAUUCUUCAAUCUCAUUUAUUGGUCUGUGUACUGCUGAGUUGCCUUGCAAAGGGAUUGUGGUUGUAGUGUGUUAUACUAUUUAUAUUAACAAAAGUAAAAGAAACUGUUAUUUGUUAUUGAUUGAAAGUAAUGAGACAGCACAGGUAAACAACAUCAUGACAUACCAUAAGGCAUGUACAACCAGCUAGCAAAUGUACAUUAUUUAAUAAGAAAGAUGUAUAUGUGAGAAUACUGUAUUUGCAGUUUUUUAAUUACUUUGGUACUUUUUUUUU